AUGAGUUCUACAAAGGAUGGAUCUCAAAUUUCUAGUAGCACUGGUCUCAAUGUAGUACUCACACCCAUCAAAGUGGCGGAAUUAGUUCGGCAACUGGCGGAGGCGCAGUACGAGUCAAAGGUGUUGAGGCAUCGGAUUGAGUCGCACCAUCGCGAAAGCGACUUUUUCCAACACGGCACGAUUAAUCAGCACGAUGGAGGAAGCACUGGCAGUCUUGCCGUGGAAAACGAGCAUUUGUAUACUUCUAAUGGGAUGGGCGACACCGUCAGUAUUAAUUAUACUACACGACACCAGAAUGAGUGUUCGGAGGGAGCAAAUGUAACGAAAGAUAUGUCGGGGUCGAUUUUCGCCUGUGGUGAGCACCAGUCAUGCCCACCGGAGUGCUGCAGUACCAAGCCACCGUCCACAUGUCGUCCAGCUGUCGGCGCCGAUGAGAAAUUGACAGUUGCACGGGAGGGGGUCAAUGCCACCUGUAGCGACGCUUCGACUAACCACUGGAAGAAGAAAUAUGCCCGACUGAAGCACUUUCACGACAAAACAAUGACUGAAAGUGAUGCACAGCUUCGGGAGGUGCAACAGCUUGUGUUUCGGAUAAGUGAGGAGCAGGAAGCUUUAUAUCAUCGCCACGAAAUUCGUAUUCUUCAGCAAAAAUUAGAGCAUGAACGCAGUCACAGGCUUCUCCUUGAAACUAAUAUGAAAUCUCUCAAAGAGGAGGCUGCUAAAUGGAAGGAGCGUUACCUAAAUUUUGUCGAAGAACCGGCGGUGCAUUGGUUUCGAACGGUAGCAGGGGACGUCCGAGUCUCCGCCAAGUAUGGGUGUGCGCUAGGGAACGAGAAGCAACAACAAGUAGUAGACGGUUUAAAUGAGACAAAUUACACCUCCAAGUCACACGAUAGCAUUGCCGUUCCUGCAGUGGAUGUCUGCACGAUGCCUCGUCGCUACCCCAUUGCGCAGCAUCGCGGGUGUGUCAGUGCCACUCUUUUGAAUGUGGGGGGCGACUCGAUAGAUCAAGGGGAGCAUCACUUCAUUCAGCAACCGCCUUACUCUUUUGAAGGGAAAAUAGGUGCACACACCGAAACAGUUGGUGGUCACGAGUUGUGUCUUAGGAUGCACGGUAGCCAACGUUCUGUAGGCGUACAAGUGAGCUGUGGAAUGGCGACGGCCGAAACCCAAACCGAACCAGGUUCCCCGUCUGCUGUCCCUUUAAGGAGAUUGUGUGGCGACAGUCUGCGCACGAAUUGCGAGGCAGCAUGUUCGCGACUUGAUUUAUGGGCCACUGACCCUUCUGGUGUCGUCACUCCAACAUUUACCCCGACCGGGACUGUGCCUUUGCUGACUUCCACACAUCAUAUACCCCACAACUCACGGGUUCCGCCUGCCGUACCCGUUGAAGCAGGUGCUAACCCUGUUGGCCGCACAUGCUGCUUGCCAAUGUGUCAUAUUCGAAGUAAGGGCAAUUCUUCACCUGCUCCCGAUCAGUCGGUCGCUCUCCCGAUGACCAGCAGACAGUUGCCUACCGUACCUAUUUCCGUUGAAGAGGACAAUUGUGCAAGCGAUGACGCUCAUUCGUACCGAAAGUGUUUGGAGGAAAACAUAGCUCGGCAUGGUCAAUUAGUGCAAGCCGUCGCUAAGCUUCAGCAACAGGUACAACUUGCGGUUAAGAAACCUUAG